AUGCCUGGUUCCUGCGAGGUGUGUUCGUCGGAACCGUCGAAAUAUCGCUGUCCAACAUGCGCACUGAUGAGUUGCUCAUUGGCCUGUUCGCAAUCUCAUAAAAUAUACUGUGCCCCGAAACCCACCCCGUUGAACGAGGAUCCAGCCCAGCCGCCCGCGGCCGACGCGGGCCAUCCGUCACAGCUUCAAAACGGUGACGCUUCUCCGGCACCCACCGGUAACCCGGACAGUAAACGAAGCCAGGAGCCCCCCAUCGCCGCGGUCGCAACUUCAUCGGAGCUCCAGGCGCUCUUUACCCGGUAUCCGCAGCUGCGCGGCCAGUUGCAGGAGAUGUACCAGGCUACACAGGAAGAAGAAUGGCAGGAGUGGUAUACCCCGCCCACGAGAGGUCGGCCCCAUGGGCGAGGAGGAAAAGGACCCUCGCGUCGCAGUCGAGGUCCCUGGACCACCGAGAAGGGGUUCAACCGCGGCCUGGGCAAGGUGCGCAAGCUCCGACAGGAUUGCGAGGAGGGCUCGGAGACAGGUGUCGGCGCGGAGGCUUUCAUGGCGUUCCUGGCGCUUGUGAACCAGGACCACCUAGCUCCGGGGGUCUCGGGAUAG